AUGUGGAGGCGGCUUACUAUCUUCGAGGAGCCUCUCGCGCAAUGGGCGAGUGACAUGAUCACAACAGCAGCAGCAUCAUUGCGCUCACAGAGCAAAGCGCACGUGCUUACCUGGGCGCAGAUCCUUCAAUUGGGCCUCUCAGUGAACCCACAACGUCUGUGGCCCGUCAUGGUACCGGAGGAGGCGCUCGACAACACACUAUGCGUCAGCGUUGCGCGCGCAACACUUACCCACUCACAGUACAUACGGCGCAUCGACAUGAACCGUGGCGAUUCGUGCGCCAGCGUCGAUAUCACAGCCCCGGCUCUUUCUGCUAGAGGGGUUGCCCUCACAUGGGCGAAGAAUUCCUUGGCGGAACUGAGAACGCUGGCGAAGGAACAACAAUACGAUUCUCCUUUUUGGCUUAGCAGGGAAGAGCUUGACUUAUUUGUUUUCUCACAGAGACNUGAGAACGCUGGCGAAGGAACAACAAUACGAUUCUCCUUUUUGGCUUAG